UGUGUGCCCCGAAGAGGAAGUGCUGCCAGCGACGGUCGAAUCUCGUUGUACAGGGUGAAGAAAAAGUUAUCGCGAGUGAGUGCGGUGCAGUGUGUGUGUGAGGAGUGAAAAGGGGUCGAGUGAAGUGAGGGGUGAUUUGAUGAGAAAGGGCAAUGUUGCCAGCAGCACCUGUCAGUUGAGCAGCCUAGCGCCGCGCGCCAAAUGUUGUCGGUUGUGCUCGGUGCGACCACGAUAACAAUGAACAGAGGCGAGCAGGAGAAUCUCUUUCGGCAGUCACGAAACCUCCGGCUGCAGCAGGAAGAGAAACAGCAGCUGCACACACACCAACAUCAACAACAACAACAGAACCAAUACCAACAACUGAGGCUGGACAAACCGCGGCACUUUUCGUAUGGUAACAUCCACCAGGUCAGCAAUCUUCAUAUGCAAUCGCUAAACUCACGAUCGUUCGGGGAUGAUCGUCGCGGGAGCCAGUUUGGGGGCGUGGCCUGCGAUGACCUGGUACUGUCGGUGCUCAAAUCUCCGCUCAAGGAGACCCAGGCGCUGCUCGGCAGCAGUAACCUCCUCGUGGGAGGUCAACUCUCGGCGACGACCAUGUCGGCCAGUCCCAGCGCCGGAAGUAAUGGCCUCGGAACGGGUGGGGCUAACACGACGGCCCCGACGCAAACCCCGAGUCCGUGCGGACCCGGCUACCGCGCCCUCCAAGCUUCCGAGGAUGACCUGGUGGAUGACGUGGAGUCGGCCAUCGAAACGACCGAGCUGAACCACCCCGGACGGAGUGGUGGUGGGGGCCACUCGCCCGAAACGUCUUCCUCGCCCGGUCCGCUCAAUUUUCUGCGGCGCUUCCGUACGGGGAAGACGGGCCGGUUCGAGCCGCACCACCGGCGAGUUCCGACGCCGUUGCGACGCAAGAACCGAAACCGGUCCCGGUCUCGCUCGAACGCGGACAUCCUGGACGGCGUGUCGACCGGCAGGAUGGACGUGGAUUGUGGGGACGACGACGACGACGACGAUGACCUGGUGGGUGCGUCGGGGACCGGAAUGGUCACGAACGGACCCAGCGAUCCGUCGGAUCCGUCGUCCGCGGGGCCGCAGAAGGUCGGCGUGCCCGAUCCGUACUAUCCCAUCGCACUGCCGAUCGACCAAGCGUUCAAAGCCAAAUACGUUUUCCACCAUCGCCGGGGCAAGACGGUGCAGGAGCGGUUCUACGUGUUCCUCGAGCAUCCGGUCGGGUGGCUGUGUUUUGUAUAUCAUUUUUCCGUGUUUAUGCUCGUGCUGGUGUGUCUGAUAUUUAGCGUACUGUCGACGAUAGACGAGUACAGUAAGUUCGCGAACGAGACCUUGUUCUGGAUGGAGAUCUGCCUGGUGGUGUUCUUCGGCGUGGAAUACCUGGUGCGGCUCUGGUCGGCCGGCUGCCGGUCCAAGUACAUGGGCUUCUGCGGCCGGUUGCGGUUCAUCCGCAAGCCGAUUUGUAUUAUAGAUUUAAUAGUAGUAGUAGCAUCGAUGGUUGUGCUGUCAGUUGGCUCAAAUGGACAGGUGUUCGCGACGAGCGCGAUCCGCGGCAUUCGGUUUCUGCAGAUCCUCCGGAUGCUGCACGUGGACCGGCAGGGCGGCACCUGGCGGCUCCUCGGGUCGGUUGUGUUCAUCCAUCGGCAGGAGCUGAUAACGACACUGUACAUCGGUUUCCUGGGGCUAAUAUUUAGCUCCUACUUUGUGUAUCUGGCGGAGAAGGACGUGACGGGGCCGGACGGGCGGCAGGACUUUGCCAGCUACGCCGACGCCCUGUGGUGGGGCGUCAUCACGGUCACGACGAUCGGCUACGGCGACACGGUGCCCCAGACGUGGAUGGGCAAGAUCGUGGCGUCCUGCUUCAGCGUGUUUGCAAUCUCGUUCUUCGCACUACCGGCGGGCAUCCUCGGGUCCGGUUUCGCGCUCAAGGUGCAGCAAAAGCAGCGCCAGAAGCACUUCAACCGCCAGAUCCCGGCCGCGGCCAUGCUGAUCCAGUGCCUCUGGCGCUGCUACGCCGCCGACAAGAGCUUCCACUCGGACGCGACCUGGCAGAUCUACGUCAAGUCGGACGACCAGAAUGCCAACAGCUCGAGCGCCGGCACCGCCCUCCCGGCGCAGCUGGGCAAAACCCUAAUGGUACAGGUGGCGCGGCGUGGGGCCUCGGUGCUCAAGCGGAGGAAAUCCCGGAACCGGAUGGACGCUCCGGGCGUGAACGCGCUCGGAACGCCGAUUACGGCGGCACCGGCGGACGCGCACCACCAUCUGUCCAAGAGCGAGUCGGACGGGGACGUGGUCUUCUACAUGGAGGAACCGAGGGCGGCGGGAACUCCAUCCCGGACGAGGCGGAACGACCCGAACCGGGGUGCAUUCGUCAGCCAGAACAGCUCGGUGACGGAGGCGCCCAGCGACGAGGUCGAGGCGGAACCGGAACCGGACGACGAACCGGAACCGGCCCGGGUCACACAACUCACCGAAGCGCACCGUAACGCGAUCCGGGCGAUCCGGAAGAUCAAGUACUUCGUAGCGCGGCGCAAGUUCCAGCAGGCCCGCAAACCGUACGACGUCCGGGACGUGAUCGAGCAGUACUCCCAGGGCCACCUCAACAUGAUGGUCCGCAUCAAGGAGCUCCAGCGGCGGUUGGACCAGACGCUGGGCAAGCCCGGCAGCUACCUGGCCGGGAUCGACCGGGUCGGCAACAUCAAGCCGAUGACGGUGGGCGCUCGGUUGUACCGCGUCGAGCAGCAACUAUCUGUGAUGGACAAGAAACUGGAUCAAUUAACGCACGCCAUCAACUCGAUGACGAUGCAGCAGAAGAUGAUAUUACCGGCGCCGAUGCCGAUGGUGGCGGCGGCGGCGCAGAUUCCGGUGUCGGCGGCCAUUCCACUCCCGGUCACGUCCCAGCAGCAGCAAUUAUUCCAAGCGCAGCAGCAGCUCGUCAGUUUGGGGUGCAUGUCCCCGUUGCAGUUACCGCCGGCGCCCUCGUUGGCCAGUUCGCCGACGCCCCGACGACGACCUCGACGCCGGCCAAAUGCCUCGAGGACGACGUGUAAUAUUGGGCGCUGGUCCUGGACCCCCGGGAGUACUAACGAGUUAGGCUAAACACCACGUGGAUGGUGGCGGAAGCUUGGGUGGGAUGGCAUUUGGCAUAUGAAGGCGAUUUGGAAAGAAUCUUUUACGAGAAAUUUAAUAGAUCGAUUGAAAAAUAAACUUCUAAAACCAUGAUUUUGAUAUCAAGUUCAUGCUAGAUUAUCCUUCUUUCUCUUGUUAUAAGGGUGAAACGUGAGUUCAAGGAUCUUCUAUUUUGUAACAUUUUAGUGAUGGAUUGCAUGUUACGUUCUCAAACAACUACGUAGUUGUACUCAGUUUCGAUGUAAAAAAGACAGAUUUUGUGUCGAAAAUAUCUAAUUUUAUACCAAAAAACUGAGUAAAAUUCUAUAUGCAUUGGAAGUGAAUUUUCCAGUUUCAUCAUCCCGAAUAUUUUACUUUUUUACUGUGCAAUCAUGGUAAUAUUACAUGGAAUCCUUUUUUCAACCUUUUUGAUACACAGCAAAUAAAAUA